CAAACUUCCCAAACAAAUUGAUUCGCAGGAGACUUUUUGGGCGAUUAAUAGUGGUACAAUCUAGGAAAAAGAGGCGAUUGAAAGUCCGACAAUCUCACUGCUGCUACUGCUUGACUAUUAUUAUUAUUACCUACGGACGCCCUGCAUCUGUACUGCAUCUGUGUGCAUCUCCGGCUGUGAGUGCCUUCAGCUAUACAGUACAUCAAACAGUCAGCAUGUCGUCGUCGUCGUCGUCGUCGGUCAUGGUGGACAGCUACCGUCCUACCACUUCUCUUCCCUCUCUACCCCACCGCAAACCUCUACCUGCCCCCGGCUCCAAGACACGAUCUUCCACCUCCACCACUACCACCACCACCACCUCAACUGCAUUCACUCACUCUCCCUCGCAUCUCUCUCACCACUUGCAACAACAACAACAACAACAACAACAACAACAACAACAACAACAACAACAACAACAACAACAACAACACCAACAACACUCGCGCUCCCGCACCACCUCGUCCUCUGUCUUUCCUCUCCUCAACUCCGCCGCCCCGACUCCUCCCUCUCGUCGCACCCUCUCCAACGCCACAUCCUCGACCGCGAGCAGUCAAGGCCACAACAUGAGUCUCGCUCGUUCAAACUCCGGCGGCCUGCAGCGCACCCCCUCGAACCGCUCCGGCCAGUCAAACUCGCCCACAAGCUACGUCUCGUUGAUGCGGAAACAAAAGGCUACCGUCUGGUGCGACAGGUCUCAGCACGAAGAUCCGCGAAUAGUAGAGCAGAGAAGACAGGCCAAGUUGCGUGCCGCUGCGAAGAUGGUCGGCGGUGGAGGCGCGCGACAGUCCGUCUCGACUGCUUCCGUCAACUCUAGCGUGCGCUCCAUGAUCAGACACCAUGGCGUACCCAAGGCGACACCCUACGCGCCUGCAAACAUGUCUGGCACCGGCGUGCCUAUGCGCCUCUCCGCCACCGAGGUCGACGAGGAGGACAGCGACGACGACAGCAACUACCACAGCGCCCCAUACCACCGUCGCACCGGCAGCGGCAGAAGCUCCCUCACCUCGGCCGGCCCGCGCAUCUCGUAUAUGCCUCAUCACAACUCCUCUGCUACUACUACUACUACUGCUCCUGGACGCUUCAGCACCAGUAGCACGCCGCCCAGCAAUCAGGAUCGCAGCCCGCCCGAGGGGGGCGACGACAUGGCUGACGAGACGCCCGUCCCUCGCAGCCGCCCAGACUACUUUUCCACCACCUCCACCGGCAGCGGCAGCUCGGGCGAGCGCGAAUCCAGCUUUGGCGCUCUCGGCCAGAUACCCUCACACGCCCCGCGCGACCUCGGCGCCGAAAAGAAGGCCAGCGACGAUCUGCGCAGAAGAGGCAGUGUUGACGACCGGUCCAUGACCAUGAGCGGGAACGUGCGACUCUUUGUCGCGAAUCCGGACUUGUCGGACUGACUGCCUUGAGAUUUUUAUUUAUUUCCAUUUUUGCUAUCCAUUCCUUGUCCAUGUAUGGGUUCGGCGGCGGCGGCGGCUUCGUCUAUAAUACCAUUGGAGGCGUAAACGACAAAAAGAGCUUUUGAUCUACGGACUAUUAUACCUACAUCUAUCCAUCUACAUAGUAAUACACCCCCU